GCCCCUGUGGGGCCCGGGGCCUGGGGCAAAUUGCCCCUCUUGCCCCCCCCCCUCUGGGCGGCCCUGCAGAACCUGCAGGGGACUGUAUCCACCGACAUUAAUCAAAAACCUAGUGUACGCUAACGAGACGCAGGGAGAGAGCACAUCGCCACCACGCCUGGAGACUGGACAAGCUCUUCAUCCUUUCAGGAAACGCAGGCCUUUUUUUAAUGGUGGCAGGUGGCUGGGAUUAGCUCAAAGCCAAGUCAUCUUGUGACUCACUGGCCCUGAGAGGCGUCAAAGUGUAAAAUUCAACGUUCCACCCACUCGGCCAGCCACAGGCUCCAAGCAAAUCCCUGAAGGAAUCAAACUGUGGUUUCCAUGGCAACAGAGGCAAUCAUCUUGGGACCGCUUUGGCCUUCACCUGUUAGCAUUUUACAUGUUUUCCCAUGACUGGCUGGUGGGUUGGGGAGGUAAUUUGUCCCAACGUUGGGGUUUUUUAAGCACUGAUUUUAAAUGCUGAGAAUAGAGGGUGUUUGCUAAGGAAAUCAACAGUGGCAUUUUCAAGGCUUUGGAUGGAUCUUCCUGCAUUUCAUCUUUUAACAAUAUUUGAUAAGCGACAUCUGAUUCUGUUCCUUCCCAUGAUACAGGGGGACGCUGUCACUUUGAAACAGGAUGAUGGAGGCUCCGGGCUUCAGCCAAUCUCAGUGAAAUUUCCUUUCUUUGGAGUGGGACACACAGGACUGUAUGUAAACAACAAUGGAAUCAUCUCUUUCUUGAAGGAGGUUUCCCAAUUUACGCCGGUCGCUUUCCCAAUCUCCAAAGACCGGCGUGUGGUAGCAGCUUUCUGGGCUGAUGUGGAUAACCGACGGGCAGGUGAAGUGUAUUACCGGGAAAGUAAGGACCAGACCAUCUUGGAGAGAGCCACCAAGGACAUCGGACAGUAUUUUCCUGAAUUCCUGGAGUUCUCUGCCGUAUGGGUUUUUGUGGCCACCUGGUACCGGGUGACCUUCUUUGGAGGAAGUUCCUUUUCUCCAGUAAACACCUUCCAGAUUGUCCUCAUCACUGACAGUAAACUCUCCUUUACCAUCUUCAACUAUGAGUCUAUCACUUGGACCACAGGCAUGCAUGCCAGUAGCGGGGGAGAUUUUGCUGGCCUGGGAGGCAUCGCAGCACAGGCAGGUUUCAAUGCCGGUGAUGGAAAGCGCUACUUCAACAUCCCCGGAUCCCGCACUGAUGACAUCGUCGACGUGGAGAUGACUACAAAUGUGGGUAUCCCCGGGCGCUGGGUAUUCAGAAUCGAUGAUGCCCAGGUGCAAGUGGGGGGCUGCAACAACACAACCUCCGUGUGUUUGACGUUACGCCCCUGUUUGAAUGGGGGGAAGUGUAUUGAGGACUGCAUCACGGGAAAUCCUUCCUACUCCUGCUCCUGCCUCGCAGGCUUCACGGGCAAGAGAUGUCAUCUUGAUGUGGAUGAGUGUCUUUCCCACCCAUGUCAGAACAGUGCCACCUGCAUCAACGGCAUCAACAGCUUCAGCUGUCAGUGCCCACCCGGGUUCAAAGGAGCCAUGUGUGAGACAGUGGAGUCGCCCUGUGAAAUGAAGGAGUGCCAGAAUGGCGGGCAGUGCCAAGUGGCAAACAAGACAGCGGUGUGUGUUUGUCAGGCAGGAUAUACAGGAGACUCCUGUGAGAUAGAAAUAAAUGAGUGUGGAUCCAGCCCCUGCUUGCAUGGGGGGCGCUGCAUCGACCUGGUGGAUAACUACACGUGUGUGUGUGUGGAGCCCUUCGUGGGACAGCGGUGUGAGACAGACCCCUCGCUGUGUGAGGACAGGAGCUGCAGGAACCGGCAGACCUGUAACUACAUCCGCCCAGGACGCUACAUCUGCACGUGUUCGCCGGGCUACUAUGGCAACAACUGCCAGUACGGUGGGCCCAGAAUGCCAAGUGCUUGUCUCUCUAGUCCAUGCCAGCAUGGGGGGAACUGUCUGGAAACUGAACAAGGCUAUGUCUGUGAAUGCCCAGAGGGAUAUACAGGCACUGACUGCAGAGACAAGCUCUCUGAGGACUGCGAGUGUCGGAACAGGGGAAAGUGUCUGGAUGGAAACUUCACCAUUUGCCAGUGUCCGCCUGGAUAUUUUGGACUUCUCUGUGAAUUUGAAGUGACCACUACACCAUGCAAUAUGAACACACAGUGUCCGGACGGGGGCUACUGCAUGGAGUACGGUGGGAGCUACCUGUGCGUAUGUCAUACGGACUAUGGCACCAACCACUCUGUGCCAUCUCCCUGCGACUCAGAGCCCUGCCUGAACGGGGGGUCUUGCGAAGCCCACGACGACUCAUACACCUGCGAAUGUCCCCGGGGCUUCAACGGCAGGCACUGUGAGAAAGUCAGGCCAAGGCUGUGCAGCUCCGGGCCGUGUCGGAACGGGGGGACAUGUAAGGAGGCAGACGGAGAAUACCACUGUGCCUGCCCCUACCGAUUCACCGGGAAGCACUGUGAGAUAGGUAAGCCAGACUCCUGUGCCUCUGGGCCAUGUCAGAACGGGGGCACAUGUUUCCACUACAUCGGCAAGUACAAGUGUGACUGUUCCCCAGGCUACACGGGCCGGCACUGUGAGAUAGCCCCUUCUCCUUGCUUCCUGAAUCCGUGUGAAAACGGAGCCACCUGUGAGGACCACGGCAGCAACUACACCUGUACGUGCCCUGCGGGAUACGUGGGAAAGCUCUGCCAGUCAGAGGUGGACUGCGGCAUUCCCAACGAGGUGAAGCAUGCCCGGGUGCUGUUUAACUCCACCCGCAUGGGCUCUCUGGCUGAAUACCAGUGUGAGCGAGGCUACAUCUUGCGCCCUCAGAACAACCCCCGCAUUUGCAGCGCACAGGGCGUCUGGAGCGACCCCCCGGAGUGUGACGAAAUUAACGAGUGCCUUUCUCAGCCCUGUUUCAACAGGGGCUUGUGCAAGGAUCGUAUUGCUGAGUUCCUGUGCCUGUGUGAAGCAGGAUACACAGGCCCCCACUGUGAGUUGGAGAUUGAUGAAUGUCAGUCCGACCCCUGUAAGAAUGGAGGAACUUGCAAGGAUCUCCCAGGAUCCUUUGCUUGUCAUUGUCCCGAUGGCUUCGUGGGAAUCCAGUGUGAAAUAGAAGUGGAUGCCUGCGAAUCAGCUCCCUGCCGUAAUGGAGGGGACUGUGAAAACUAUGGUGGUUCCUACCUGUGUGUCUGCCCAGAGGGUUUCUUCGGCUACCACUGUGAGACAGCCAGCGAUCCUUGUUUCUACAGCCCGUGUGGGAGCCGAGGCUACUGCCUGCCUAGCAAUGGAUCCCACAGCUGCACCUGCAAGGUGGGCUACACAGGCAAGAGCUGCGAAAAAGAACUGCUGCCACCAACAUCAUUAAAGGUGGUCAGGGUGGAGGACACAGGGGUGUCGAUUUCUUGGUACCCCCCCGAAGACCCAGUCGCCAGGCAGAUGAUUGACGGCUACGCCGUGACGUACGUAUCCUUCGACGGCUCUUACCGCAGGACAGAUUUUGUGGACCGAAGUCAUUCUGCCCACCAAUUACGGGCACUAGCCUCUGGCAGAGCCUACAAUAUUUCUGUCUUUUCAGUCAAACGCAACGUGAACAACAAGAACGACAUCAGCAGGCCUGUCAUGCUCAUCACACGCACUAAACCUCGCCCAGUGGAGGGAUUUGAUAUAGCCAACGUGACGGCCAGCACCAUCACGGUGCAGUGGGCUCUCCACAAGCUCCAACACUCCUCCAUCAGCAAGGUGCGCAUCUCCAUCCGCCAGCCCGGGGACCUGGAGGACCGCACCGUGGAGCUGAACAGCAGUGUGGCCAAGUACACAUUCAGGGACCUCCGGCCAGGGGAGAGGUAUCUCAUCCACGUGUCAACCCUGAGCGGGCUGGAGACGGAAGAUCCUCCCUCAGAGAGCCAGGCCAUGGCACCCUUCCACGUGUGGACUCGGCCUCUUCCUCCCCAGAACCUCACUGCCUCCAGAGUCAGCACCACCUCUGUCCACAUGACCUGGGACCAGCCACUGGCAGGAUCCGUGGAGGGUUAUAUCAUCAAUGUCACCACCAACCAGAGCAUCAAGAGCCGCUACGUGCCCAAUGGGAAGCUGUCAUCCUACACAGUGCGUGACCUGCUUCCCGGUCAGAGGUAUCGCUUGUCCAUGAUGGCCAUCCAGAACACCGAGCAAGGGCAAGGGCACAGCGAGCCGGCCCAUGUCUACAUCUUGACCUUGCAGAGGGAUGGAACCCCAGAGAGGCGAUGGGGCCAAGCAGGACAGCCACGGGUGCUCAGGAACAGGCUCCCCCCAGCAUUACUGCCGGAACUGCGUCUGCUUGCUGAUCACAAUAUCCCGGAGGAACCCUCGCAGGCUCCCAGGUUUACUGAGCUGGUGGAUGGCAGACGGAGGAUCAGUGCCAAGUUCAGCAGCUUGCCGAGCAAAUCUGUCACUGUGAGAACACAACCUGAGGCGCCGGUGAAGCUGGAAACCAUGGAGGAAUCAACCAAUCGGGUUGGCCUGGCACUGCAGCUGUCGGAGUCUGAGAACCAGAAGAGAGAGCACGACAGCCAGAACUGCUCUACAAACCCCUGCAAAAAUGGGGGGACCUGCAUCCCAGGUGUCGAGGUCUACCUCUGUGACUGCAUCCCCGGCUUCAAGGGCAGACGCUGUGAACUAGCCUGCAAGAAGCUGCCCCACUCCUGCACUCGGCUGUACUCAGAAACCAAGUCAUUUCCUGUCUGGGAAGGCGGCAUCUGCCAUUACCUAUACAAGAGGGUCUACAAAGUCCACCAGGACAUCUGCUACAAGGAGAGCUGUGAGAGCACUGCUUCAAAGAAGCCAGGCAGCAGAAAACAAAGUAACAGUCACGCACUGAAGAAGCCAUAGAGGUUCAAAGCACUAAGAGCUUCCAUCUUACCAGGUCUAAGGGCUUUCAAACACCAGGAAGAUUGGAUCUACAAAUAGCGGGGGAGACCUUCCUACAUGGAGUCACUGCCCUUCCCUCUCCUCCAGCCUGUUAGGGAUACACUCAGACUGGCACUUCCCCUCCCGGUAGCAGGCGCACCAGAGCCCUCACACGGGCUUUGCUUAUUGCGGAUGCCCUUCUUCCCAUCACCAGACCCCAUCCAGGGACAAGCAACAUCACAUUAGAAUGGCUGACUGUCUCAUACGGGGGUUCGCCUAUCUUCGUAACCCAGGCCUGUUCAUGUGAGUCCCUCCUCUGCAUGGGCAUUUACAGGGCUGAAAUCCAGCCCCCUUACCAGCAUAUGCACCAAUCUGUUAAAUUACAAAUCAAGUUUAAUGCAGCACUACAUUCCUUAGCUAUGAACUGACACCUGACCUACAGAGCCCCGGCAGAGAAGUAAAAUAUUCCCCUGCACAGUCAAGUAAAAAAAAAUCCUAUUUCAACUGAUGAGGGUGGAAAAUAAAGAAAGUAGAUGA